UCCCCUCCCUUCCCAGCAGUGAAAGGGAAUGGGAGGGAAUGAGGGAGUAGCAGUCAGUCUCUCACACACUCUCUCUCUGGCGUUGAGCAAAGGGCAUAGAAUAGGGCACCUGGAAUCCUUGACGCUUCACAGCACUCUGUCUCACUUCUAUCUCUGCAUCACUCUUAUCUCUGCGUCUGCAGCCCGGGACCACGCAGCCAGCUGGAGGCGUCGCUGUAGCUUCCACAGGGAGAGAAGGCCGUAACUCACCUGCGCUGUCUUUCUCUUACAAACACACACACACACGCACACAGAAGCUGCCCAGCCGAACCCCUCACACACCUUUGGAGUGCAGCGUGAGAGGGGAGCAGCUCUCCGACACCCUGCCUGUGUGAAGGACUCGAUUCCGCGGUCAUGUCAUGGGACUGUGGCCUGAGGUACAUGUUCUCUGUGUCCCCGGCACUGCAGCCCGGCAGUGGGGGUGGGGCUGACCUGCACGACAAGGAGGAUCUGUCCCGUCUGGAGAUGGUGCAGAGGCUGGCCAAGGACGGAUGCCGCUUUCUCCAGAACCAUGGCAACGGCAAGGCCCCAACGGAGAGGACCGCAGAGGGCCACAGUGACGAGGCAGUCCGUGUUUGUCUGCGGGAGCGGGGCCAGGACGUACUGACGCUCCAGAGGGCGUCGUCGCGGAGGCCGGCCCCCACCGCUUCCUUAGCCGGGGGAGGGGCGAGAACGGAGGAGAGGGCCAGGAGUGUUGUCUCCGACAGGUAUGUGGUGGUGUCGGGGACCCCGGAGAAGAUUCUGGAACACCUGCUGUCCGAUCUGAGGCUGGACCACGACCACCAGGGGAGCAUACAGCAGACCAAGGAGUCAGAGCCAUUUCUGGAUGAUUUCCUUUUGACAUACUUGGUAGUCAUGUCCACCAGUGAUCUGUGUCAGGCUCUACUCGGACACUAUUGUUCGAAGAGACCCCACCGGGUUAAAGAGGACGGGAAGGAGGCUCUGGAGAGGAAACGGAAAGUCCUGCACCUGGUGACAAAGUGGACCACUCUCUACAGGGACUUCCUUCGGGAAGAUGAGCACGUUAAACUUUUCAUGAAGACGUUGUAUCGCUUCGUACUGGACGACCUGUACGAGUAUCCAACUCUGGAGAAGGAGCAGAAAGAACUACAGAAGCUCCUGAGGUUGCAUCGCAGACACACAGUGGAUGAGUAUUCACCCAACAGAAAGAGCAAGGCACUUUCCCAUCAACUAAGCCUGAAGGAGCUCCAAACUAGAGGGACCCAGAUAGAGAACAGGGAAGUUUUGUGCCAUGUGUACGUGAGCUUGGACUCGUACCUCAGUGUGAGGAGCCCGGCCAGUGUUGUAGCCCAGGGACUGUUACAGCAGGUGGCAGAGAGACUGGAUGUCCCCCAACAGGAACUGGUCCUGCUGGCUGUCACCUACACUGGAGAGAAGCUCGUCUUGCAGCCUCAGGCCAGGCUGUACUCUGAUUCGCUGUCAGCGGUGGGGAGGCUGCACGUGUGCAGAAGGGACCUGAGUGAAGUCAUGAACCUGUUCACAGACAAUGCAGAGCUACCACACAGAUGGGCACGUGUGCUCAGCAUGAACACCUGGGACAUUGCCGUUAGCCUCACCAACUUUGACUGGAGUAUCUUCAACUCAAUACAUGAGCAAGAGCUGGUGUACUUCACAUUCAGCCGCCAUGCCAGCGGUGGCCACACAGCGGCGCUAGAGCUGCUUCUGCAGCGCUGCAACGAGGUACAGCUGUGGGUGAUGACGGAGGUCCUGCUGUGCUCCACGCUCAGCAAGAGAGUCCAGCUCAUCAAGAAGUUCAUCAAGAUCGCUGCGCACUGUAAGGUCCAGAGGAACCUCCACUCAUUCUUCGCCAUCGUCAUGGGCCUGAACACCGCAGCGGUCAGCCGACUCAGUCAGACCUGGGAGAAAGUUCCGGGAAAGUUCAAAAAGCUGUUUUCAGAGCUGGAGAUGUUGACAGACCCCUCUCUCAACCACAAAGCCUACAGGGACGCUUUGAAGAAGAUGAAGACGCCCAAGAUCCCUUUCCUCCCCCUGCUACUGAAAGAUAUCACCUUUAUUCACGAAGGCAACAAAACGUUUCUCGAUAACCUGGUGAAUUUUGAAAAAUUGCACAUGAUUGCCGACACGGCUCGUCUCAUCCGUCACUGUCAGGAGGAUCACACGGGUUACGGGAUGCCCCAGAAGAGUGGUCCGGAAGUACGGGCCUACGUGGACUACCUCCACGUCAUCGACAAUCAGCAGACUCUUUUCGAGCUGUCCCACAGACUGGAGCCGCGCCUGUAGGUCGACCUUCUUCGCCCCCACCCUCCACCCCCCCGCCACGGACCAGGAAAUCCAAACCCUCUCAAGAAAACGCCCCUUGGGAGCCUUUGACGUCUUGGAGGAACGGGACUUGGGCAACUCGGCUGAAGACCGCUGCUUGGCGUGCAGACCUCUGUUCCAGCCCAAGUUGAUGGGUUAGUACAGGGCUGGAACGAAAACCUGCACCCACUGUAGCAUUCCAAGGGCAGGGUUGGCCACAGCAGACGGCGAUGGCUGUGUGACACUGGCCAAGCACAAGAGGGCGCCAGAAGGAUCUCCUAGGCUGAAAUAAUGAGCACCGGUGGGGUUUAAACCAUUGGAGCACGGUUCUGAAUGGCACUCUAUUCACUCUGUUUUGUACUACUUUAACCACUGUCAGAUUAAAUUAAACAAUAAGAUAUUAGCAAUCAAAAGGAAACAGAAAAAAAAAUGAGCAUAUAAGCACAGAGGAUGGGUAUAACAAUCACUCAUCAUAGGCUUGGCUGAAAAGGUCAGUCUUUAAAAGAGAUUUAAAAACCUCUCUGGUGUCUGUCCCUACUACCUCACAGGGAAAGCUGUUCCACAAAUGAGGCGUUUUAAUGGAGAACACUCCCCCCCACAACCCACAUUUGUUCUGCAUUUGUGAACAGUAAGCAGAAGAGCUCCUAGGUUCGGCAUCUAAAGUCGAAGUCCAUUUUACUGUCAAAUGCACUAAAUAAAAAGCCUGGCCCUGAGCAGUGAAAUUCUUAUGACAUUGCACACGACACCAGUUAUGCAGAUAGCAGAACAGCUCCUUUGGAGUGCAGCCCCUCUCUGGGUCGAAAGGGGCAUGUCUGUCAGACAAGAGGGAGCAAGGUGAUGUAGUGCCUUAAAACCAGUUCUUAAAACCGGAGAUAUUCUUCACAGGCAGCCGGAACUGGACCCAGGUCAGAAGUAGUGUAAAACAGAAGUAGUGUAAAACAGAAGUAGUGUAAAACAGAAGUAGUGUAAAACAGAAGUGGUGCACUAUCAAUACAGGGAAUAGAAAGUCAUUUGGAACACAGCCCAGAUCUACAACCACCAAUCACAGCAUGAACCUUCUGGAGACUUCUAAACCAAAACUCUGUGGUUGUUAGACAUCCUGUGAGUGACCCGACACACCAGUCUGCUGUUCAGGUACCGGGAUUUAGAUAAUCAACCACGUUGGUGCCCCAAAACAUCUAUUCAAAACAGGCUCGUUGAGUGCAUUUGUUCUUCUUUUACAUUACAUUUUUACACGAGGGCAAUGCCAUAGAUUCAUCCUAGACAGCAUUCGAAGGUCUACUUUGUGGUGAUGCGUAAUGCCUGCUCUCAGCUGUGGACAAUCAGAGAAAUAGUCAAUCUCCCUCACCUUACCUGUCAUGUCUCUAUCUGGUGUUGUGAAGAAAUAGCAACACACACAGACACAAGUCUGAACUGUUAUCUUCCAGCUGAAACUGACUUUUCCUAUUCAUUCCAGUGGCGGUUUUAAUUCACAUCAGCGAAAUGGCUUCGCAACAUUGUGAAUGUACAAUAGCACAUGUAUUACGGGCCUGGGGAUGCGUAGGAAACUCAUUCUAAAGACUCCUCUCUGAAUGUUUCACUGGUUUUCAAAAUAAACUAGACUACCAGAA